UUGUUUCACGAUUUGUUCCUCCUUUCGUCUUUUCCUGUAUCGCUUUCAACGCUUGAUGAUCGAUCGACAUUGCCGUUGAUCGUGUGUGCAUGAGCGAUUACAGUAGCUUGUCGUCGUUCAGAUUGACCAACGCCGUGCACCUCGACGAGCAGCGGCGAGUGGUUUGUUCGACGUGCACCAGCCAGACGGCGAGCGACAACCUCAGAUUGCCAGGGCUGCAAACAGCUACAUCUUCAACAUCAGCAUUAGCAGACUAGUGCCAUGAAAUUGAAAAAUAAAAGAAGCAAUGCAAAAAGAAAAUCAUCUGAGAAUGACAUUCUUCGACAAGAGGAGAUGGAACAUGAGAUUCAACAAAGUUCUUAUUUGGAUGGACGAGAUUUUUGUAGCACAAUUCAAGAAUCUUUUGACUUGGGCAUUAGUUCUAGCAACAUAAAUCGAAGCAUAACAACUCCACUACCGUAUGAAACAUUUGAGGGAUCAAUUAACUUGGGCACUAGUGGCGAAAUGAACCCAACCAUGACAGCCGGAGUACCAUAUGGGACAAUUGAGGAAUCAUCGGCCGUUAUUAUGCCCUCAAUUAUAGGAAAAUAUACAAGCAUGUUGUUUCAAAUUCAGCAAAGUUCUUCUGCUAUAUCCAGAUCUCCACAAUUAACUUUUGAUGGAAUUGGAGGGCUCAAAGAUACGAUGGAUCAGAGAUAA